AUGGCAACCAAUAAUCUCACUGUAUCACCCUUGCAUAUUUUGAUUUUGUUUUUCUCUAUUUACCUCUCAAGCUAUUCUCUAAUAGAAGCCAGCCAUGGUGGUUUCAGUAUCAAUCUCAUCCACCGUGAUUCAUCUCUCUCUCCAUUUUACAAUCAUUCUGAAUCUCCUUCUCAGAGAAUGCAGAAUGCUUUUCAUCGGUCAAUAACCCGUGUCAACCGAUUCAAGCAACCCAAGCUCUCUCCGGCGACAGUCCGAUCAGUUUUGAUUCCCAACGAGGAAAGUGGAGAGUAUCUCAUGAAACUGUUAGUGGGUACUCCUCCUUCACAAGUCCUAGCCAUUGCUGAUACUGGUAGUGAUCUCAUAUGGACACAGUGCAAGCCUUGUGCCCACUGUUACAAGCAAAAACGUCCUCUCUUUGAUCCUAAAAAUUCUUCUACUUACAGGAACCUUCCAUGCAAGUCAAAGCCCUGUAAAUACCUAGAAAGCAGGUUCUGUAGCAGGAAAGGAAAUCUCUGUGAGUACUGGUAUACUUAUGGAGAUGGGUCAAUGACUAAAGGAAACGUUGCUGCAGAUACAUUCACCUUGGCAUCUACUAAUGGGAGGUCUGUUGCCCUCCCAAAAAUGGUGUUUGGAUGCUCACACUACAGUCAUGGCUCCUUCGGUGAACAAGAAACCGGUGUGGUUGGCCUUGGCAGGGGCUCGCUGUCAUUGAUUUCUCAGUUGGGUUCAUUAGCUGAUGGCAAAUUCUCAUACUGCUUGGUGCCGAUGUCCAAAGAGAACGCCUCGAGCACACUGAGUUUUGGUCGCAGGGCUGUUGUUUCAGGCAAAGGUGUAGUCUCAACUCCUUUGGUUUGGGGAGAGGAUGAAUCCUUCUAUUACCUCACACUAGAAGGUUUUAGUGUUGGAGACAAGAAGUUGACAUAUAGCAAGUAUCCUUCGGCCAAGUCUGGUAAGACUAAGGAGAGUGGUAACAUUAUUAUUGACUCUGGAACAACCUUGACGUUUCUCCCAGAAGAGUUGUUUAAUGAAUUGGAAUCAGCAGUGAAGGAUGAAAUAGAUCUUGAACCUGUUCCCGACCCUCAUAAAGAUCUCAAAUUAUGUUUUAGGACUAGGACUGAUAUCAAGGUACCCACCAUCACUGCUCACUUUACUGGUGCAGAUGUCCAGUUGAAGGCAGUGAACACUUUUGUUAGGAUUGCAGAUGAUGUUGUGUGCUUGGCCAUGCUCCCUUCUCAGUUUUCCAUCUUUGGAAAUUUGGCUCAAAUCAACUUUUUGGUUGGCUAUGAUAUUAUAUAUAGGAAGGUGUCCUUCAUGCCCACUGACUGUACAAAGCAUUAA